UCGACCAACCAUUCAGCAUAUAGUAUCGUUACGGUUCGUUAUCAGUUGCUUUGCUGUUCCUCUAUGACCAAUCGUGUUUAAUUGUAUUUUUGAAAUCUGGUGCAUUUAUAUUGUUUGGCUCUGCUCUGCUAUCAGUAGCCAACUACAAAAGACUGAAGAUUGGUCAGUAGUAUUAAGUAGGAUAAAGCGGUUAUCUCCCUGAAGAAAAUAUCAUUAUCGGAGUAUUUCAGUUCAGUUCGAUUCACUCAGUAGGUGGUGACCCUAUGAACACGGUGCUCAAGAUGACUGCCAAACGACAGCUGUUCCUGAUGUCCUCUUCUGCCGUUCACGGCUACGAGUAUCUCCAGCACGCCGAACAGGAUCUUAGCAAUUUCUUUAAAAAGAACAACGUCAGCAAAGUGCUGUUCGUCCCGUACGCCUUGGCCGACUACGACCGUUACACCGAAAAGGUUGGAACUGUUCUGAAAAGAUGGGGAUUCGACUGCGAAGGUGUCCACAGUAAACCGGAUCCAGUGGCAGCCGUCCGAGAGGCCCAAGCCAUCUACAUUGGAGGUGGUAACACGUUUCUUCUCCUGAAAACUUUGUACGAUCAAAAUCUGGUAGCACCCAUCCGGGAUCGAGUGCUGAACCAUUCGGUUCCCUACGUGGGCAGCUCGGCAGGAACGAACGUGGCCACGAAGAGUAUCCAAACAACCAACGAUAUGCCGAUUGUGUUUCCGCCGUCGUUCGAUGCCCUGGCUCUGGUCCCAUUCAACAUCAAUCCGCAUUACUUGGACCCGGAAGUUGGUGGAACUCAUAAGGGUGAGACCCGGGAGGAGCGAAUUCUGCAGUUCCACGAGCAGAACGAGGCACCUGUGCUGGGCCUGAGGGAAGGAAGCACUUUGGUGGUGGAUGGCGAAAAGGCGACGCUGACCGGGACGCGUAGUGUGAGACUGUUCAGGAAGGGCAAGGACCCGGAAGAGUUUGAGGCCGGGUCGGAUUUGAGCUUCCUGAUGAAGCUGUGAGACGACGCUUUGAUUCGUGGGAUCCGAAAGCCUUCGCUGCAGUUGUUUGACUACUCAUGUAAUGUACCAGUUUGUUUUGGUAAUUAUAUCACUGUGCGUUAUUUUUUCAAAAUCUUACCCGUUUAGAAGGAUACAGUCAACUUUCCCUAACUCGAUAUUUCGUAUCGCGAUAUCGAGUUAGAGAACUAUAGUAAAAGUUGGUUUUGUAAUCAGUGGUGUGUUGAAGUGUCCAAGAUUCGUAUUCAUUAAAAUAAAAUGUAUCAAGAAAA